GGAUCGAGAGAAGCGGCAGCGACAUAAGAACAACCAGUUGCUUCGGCCUCUCUUCUUCUUGGGUCACCUUUGCAAGAAUCCAAGUUGUACAACUUGUAAAUCUCGAACCUACUCUUUAUUCCCACCUUGUGAGGCACAUACUACCAAUAUGCAUACAUUUUCUCUCUACGAUGGCGCCAUUCCCCAUGCCCUCGCCUCUCUAGACGCCCUCAGUCACCUUUUUGACAAGAUGGAAGCUCAUGCUGCUCAAUCCAAGACCUCAGUCGAUACGCUCGUUACCGCCAGUCUCGCCCCAGACAUGUUCCCCUUCGCGGUUCAAGUCUAUAUUGCCUCCAACAUGGCCCUUUCGAUUGCUGCCCACCUGGGCGGUAUCCAGCCUCCAUCAGCCCUAGUUGUACAACCUGGCGACCUCAAGACUCUCGACGACCUUCGCAGGCAUGUCGAUGCCGUGCGGGACAUGGUUAAAAGAGUCGACCGGCAGAAGCUUGUUGACCCGACCGCUGAAGUUACUUGGAACAUGGGGCCCGUGGAAAAGAAAACCUCGUCGGCAUAUGGCUUCCUUAACGGCUUCGCGAUCCCCAACAUGUACUUUCAUGUGGUCACUGCCUAUGAUAUCCUCAGGAACUCUGGAGUAGAGAUUGGGAAAACGGAUUAUUUGGAUCAUUUUCUUGGUCGCUAUCUAGCUUAGCGGGCAGUACAUGUCAUACAGUCACACAAAGAGCGACCAAUGCUAUUAGAAAAGUUGGCAAUAAACAUCGUAUAUUCCCCAUUUUCCUUGUAUGCGUCCUGAAUGUCCCAGAUUGUGAGGCUAUACACGGGAACCAACAGAGAAAACCUAUAGUUAGCCUAGUCAUCAGCCGCGAAAGGAGAAAAGCCCCUCCUGACAAAGUAAAGUCGCAAAACCCGAAUGGGUGAGACCAUUCUUUAUCCUUCAAUCUAGUGGGUUAAUCCCCUA